CGCAGUCUUGCUCAAGAACGGCAAGGCGUUCUCGAGCGAUGCUACGCCCAGGGAUUCCGGGCGGGUGGACGAGCCUUUCAAGGUCGAGGAGGCAGAGCCCGUGAAGAUGCCGCCGCCGCCUUCUCCGGAUAAGUUGCUUGUGCUAGGUGGAAGUGGUUUUGUUGGUUCACACGUUUGCAAGGAGGCUUUGGACAGAGGAUUUGUUGUCUCUAGUCUAAAUAGAUCUGGAAAGCCAUCGAUAAGUGAAUCUUGGGCUGACAAAGUUAUAUGGAACCAAGGCAAUCUCCUUGAACCUGCUUCACUGAUGGAUAGUAUGGAUGGCGUCUCAGCUGUGGUAUCCUGUGUUGGAGGCUUUGGGUCAAAUUCUCAGAUGGUCAAGAUUAAUGGGACUGCAAACAUCAACGCCAUCAGGGCUGCAGCUGAGAAAGGCAUAAAAAGAUUCGUGUAUGUGUCAGCUGCAGACUUUGGCUUAGUGAAUUACUUAUUGCAAGGUUAUUACGAGGGCAAGAGAGCUGCUGAAGCUGAACUGCUGUCGAAGUUUACCUAUGGAGGAGUGAUUUUGAGGCCUGGUUUUAUUCAUGGAACUCGUCGAGUUGGUAGCAUGAAAAUACCCCUUGGACUUGUUGGUUCACCUAUGCAAAUGGUGCUCCAAAAUGCAAAACCGUUGACCAGAUUACCACUCGUUGGCCCUAUGUUGACUCCACCAGUGAGUGCUACCUCUGUGGCCAAGGUCGCCGUAAGAGCAGCGACAGAUCCAGUGUUCCCUCCUGGUAUUGUCGAUGUUUACGGCAUCAUGCGUUACAGUGAGCAGAAGUAAGCAUAUGCUUGUACAGGAUGAUACGAAGACUUGGCCUUGUGUUUUCUUACCAGCCGUUUUACCUAUUUGCAACAAAUGUGUAAGCAGACAUCGCACAUGAGACCUUCGUUAGUUUGCAGACUUCGGUGAUAGUAGCAUCCUUGCAUCGCCCUGUUUAUCUGAUCUAGUUACGAGCCAAUGGUGCUCAAUAAAGAAAUAGUUACCCUUGUGUUUGUUAUUGCUGUGGUCUACAAUGAUCUUGUUCAUUGAACGGUUU